GCAUGGUGGCCAAAUCGGAAGCUUUUCUUCUUUGCCUUACCGUCCUCGUCUUGUCGGCCACUGUAGUUCUGGGUUACCGCGGUCUCGGUGUCGACAACCCGCAGGAUCCCGAGCAGCGGCUGCAGCAGUGCAGGCAGCAGUGCCAGCAGCAGCAGCGCGGCCAGGAGCAGCGGAUUCAGUGCCAGCACCGGUGCGAAGACCGGUACCAAGAAGAAAUGCGGGAGCGUGGGCGGCCCGGACAGGGUGGCGACGAUGACCCCGCUCGGCGGCGGUUCGAUGAUUGCAGGCAGCGGUGCGGGCACCAGCACCCACACGACGAACAGCAGCGCAGGCAGUGCGAGAGCCGGUGCGAGGCGCAGUACGAGGAAGAGCGAAGGGGGCGGCGGGAGGUCGCUGUUGGAGUACAAACCCACGAAGAUCCUGAAAGGCGAUACCGGCAAUGCCGCCAGGAGUGCACGCAGAGAGCACAAGAUAAGAGGCAGCUACAACAGUGCGAGCAUCGGUGCGAGGAGGAGUACAAAGAACAGCGCCACCGUGAAGGUAACCCUCGCCAGAAGAAGGAAGAGACGACGACUGGGGAGAGGAACCCCUACUUCUUCGAUCGAGAUAGCUUCUAUGAACAAGUGAGGACGGAGCAUGGUCAUGUCAUGGUCCUCGAAAACUUCUUGGAGAAGUCGGAGUUCCUACUGGGGAUCGCCAACUACCGCAUCGCUAUAGUUGGGUUGAAUCCUCGUGCGUUCUUGGUGCCUCAUCACUUGGAUGCUGAUGCAAUCUACUAUGUCGCGAGAGGGUGUGGAGUCUUAACUUUGGUAUGCGAAGAGAAGAAGGAAACGCAUGAGCUCCGCCGGGGAGAUAUCCUGGAGGCGCCGGCAGGAGCAAUUAUUUACAUGAUCAACAAAGACAGCAAUGAGGAGUUUCUCUUGAUCAAGCUCCUUCAUCCGGUUUCUACACCUGGCCGCUUCGAGGUCUUCUAUGGUGCUGGAGGACAAAAUCCUAAGUCGUUCUUCCCGAGUUUCAGCGACGAAAUCUUGGAAGCUGCCUUCAACACGCGACGAGAUCGAUUGAGCAGAAUCUUUGGGCAACAGCGGAAAGGAGGCAUUGUGGAGGCGUCCGAGGAGCAGGUCCGCGCACUGAGCCGCCACGCCUCCGAGGGUGGCCAAUGGCCGUUUGGCGAAUCUAAGGGUCCAUUCAAUCUCCUCGAGAAGCGACCGAUCUAUUCGAGCAGACGGGGACAGAUGCACGAGGCCGACGGCGACGACUACCGGCCGCUUAAACAGUUGGACCUCCGAGUCUCCCAUUUUAACCUUACCGAGGGCUCCAUGGUUGCACCAUUCUACGACUCCAGGUCGACAAAGAUCGCCGUAAUACUGGAAGGAAGUGGCUACGUCGAGACUAUAUGCCCUCAUUUGUCUGAGCGAGGCAGGAGCAGGGAGGAGGGCGGAGAAAGACACGAGGGCCGGGAAGGAGGUCAGCGCUAUCAAAAGGUCCGCUCCCAGGUCUCGCGCGGCACCGUGGCCAUCAUCCCUCCGGGCCACCCUUCAGUGACCGUCGCUUCGCGCGGCCGAAACCUCGAGGUCGUAUGCUUCGAGAUCCGCGCCGAGAGGAACGUGAGGAACUUCCUCGCAGGGAGGAACAAUGUGUUGAAGCAGCUGGAUAGGGAGGCCAAGGAGCUGGCGUUCGACAUGCCGGCCAGGGAGGUGGAGGAGGUGCUCAACGCGCAGGGCGAUCAGAUCAUCGUCGCCGGCCCGGAGGAGCGGGAGCGCCGUGAACGUCCGCUGCUCCCCAUGCUCGAGAUCGCCGAGGCUUUUAUGUGAGGAGGGGAGAAGCGUGUUUGAUGUACGUAGCAGUAGAGGGCGCUAAAAUAAGUGUUGUGAGCGCGUAGGAAGUGUUUAUGAGAAGAGAGGGCACUGCGUGUAUGAAAUGUAAAUGCAUGCAACAAAUAAAAUGUUAUCCACGAGUACAACCAACGAAACGUUUCUCGGCCUUAUAACUACUGCUUGUGAUUGC